AUGUAUUCUCAUGUUAACAAGGACGAUGAUCGUGAUAUUGUUAUAUAUCAACGAAGACCACUUAAUGAGUAUCAACAAGUUCAUAAUAGAAAAUUUACUGAUGCUGUUUCAAAAUUAGUUAAUCAUAUGGAUUCUCAUCAUGAAAAAGUCGAAAAGCAACUGAAGAUGUUUUCAAAAACAAUACAACGAACAACAGUUGCUUCUGGUUUAGACCAGUUUCGCCGAGAUGGUGAAAUAUUUCCUAAUGUUGUCUGGGAGUCNAUUAAGUCAUUUAACAAUCAAAAUUUAUUGGAUACUUAUGAUAGUGGGAGUCCUGGUCAAUUGGCCAGAAGUAUUUUGAAAAAAUUAUUUACUUUUGCUGAAAUGUAUGAAUCAAUACUUUAUCCUAAUGAUAAUUAUGCCAAACCUGGCCUUGAUGCUAAUCGUAUGAAGCUUUUUAAAAGUGAGUCUUUAUUAUUCUUUAUAUAUACACUCAAAGCGCACUUUUCCCCGUGUCAAACGUGUGUGUUUGUAUGAUUAUCUUUUUUUUCAAUAUAACGAUAUUUCAUUAAGCUACAAAGAGUGCCCUAUAUCCCCCUUUUAAUGCGAUAUGCACAAAAUCAAGUUUUACUUCGCUACUAAAAGUUUUCUUCUCAUUUUGCAGUAAUACCAUUUUCAUAGGAUUGAUUAAAUUUAUGCAAU